CGAGACGACUUCGUACUACGGAUGUAAAUGUCAAUGAAAGUUACGACGUAAUUGCCGUGUGGCUUAAUCACGUUUUGAAACCGCUGCGUUUUGAAACCGUCACAUUUUCUUCGACGAUCAAGUUGCGCUUGAAUGUUCUCUUACCGUAAAUGCCAUUUCUGUUAAACGAGUUUACGGAAAGGCAUUAUCGUCAUUGAACGCCGCGCAAGCGGGUUAAUAGGUGAUUUAUCGGUUGUCAUAGUCUGACGGAAGCGUUAUACGGAAUUCACGAGCAGAAAACCUACGGAAGAUCCGAAUGCCUAUAGCAUUAUCAAAGAAAGCCAGGAAUGGCGGCAAACCUUGCGGAGUUCCAGGCAACGCGCGAUAUGAUCGAUAAAUCCUACAUCCCAAUGAGGCAAAAUGCAGAGGAUGUUCAAGCUGAACGGCAGAUCCAGGAGGAUGAGUAUGAUCCCUUUGCCGAUCGCCCAUCUGCAUCUCUGACCUCAGAUUUUGCCGUAUUCAUGCAUCUGCUGAAAUGCGCAAUCGGUACCGGUAUACUCUUUCUACCGCACGCCUUCAGAAGGACCGGCUACGCGAUGUCUAUCGUCUGCGGCAUCAUCAUUGGCACAUUGUGCGUUCACAUGGCCGUCAUUAUCGUGCAAUGCUCUCAGGUGUUAUGCAGACGUAAUCGCGUGCCCAUGCUGGAUUUCGCCGAAACGGCGCAGUUCUCCUUCCAAUCAGGUCCGGAGAGGAUUCGAAAGUACGCCAAGCUAUUCGGUGUAGUUACCAACGUGAUCAUUUGCUUCGUGCACUUUCAGGCCGCUGUGAUAUACAUCUUAUACGUGGCCACAUCGUUCCAACAGGUGAUAGAAUUUUUCGCGAACGUUGAGAUGAACUCGCGUGUUUAUAUCGUCAUCUUCUUUCCUUUUACCUGCGCCUUGGGCUUCGUGCCGAAUCUAAAGUAUCUAGCGCCGUUCUCCAUUAUCGGCACUUUCUUCCUGUUCCUUGGAGUUUGCACCGCGUUCUACUACUUCCUGGACGAUGUUCCCGAUCCCCGUAGACUCGACGUUCUGACGGAAGUUCUACCUGUGCCCAUGUAUUGCGCCAUUUUCCUAUUCGCCUUGCACAAUAUGACCCUGUAUCUACCGCUGGAGAACACGAUGAGGCAUCCUAGUCAUAUGCCGCGUCUGAUUAUCGCCAGCACCUUGCUGAACAUUGUCAUAUACCUAACUUUCGGCUUCCUGGGCUACAACAAGUACCCAGACGCUUGCGACACCGUUAUCAAGAACUUACCAAUGGAGGAGACCCUAGCCCAAGUAGUCAAGAUAGCCAUUUCCUUGUCAGUUCUGUUUACUUUCGGUUUAACAUACUAUGUGCCGAUCAGUGUGCUAUGGCCUAUGAUCCACUCGAGAAUCAUUACUAAGAGUUCGCUGCAACAUCGAUUUUAUGAAAGUUUGCUUCGAUUAGGCGGUGUAAUCGGCACCACGCUGCUAGCCAUCGCCGUGCCCCAAAUGGUACCUUUGUUGGGCCUGUUCGCCGCCUUGGGCAUGUCGACGAUCAUGCUGCUGAUACCCAUACUAAUCGAGACAUCGACUAAGUGGGCGGAAGCCACGAGGACGAUGUUCGCAAAGAACAUCGCUAUUUUCAUCGUGUGGCUAAUGAUCUUGAUUUUUGGGACGAUAGAGAGCAUCUGGUCAAUUGUUAGAGAAUAUAGUGGAACAAAGCAGGAAGAAUGUUGAUUAAUAGCCUGUCAAACUGCUUGAGUGACUCUUAGCACAAAAUUAUGCUUCCUAUCAUAAACAUAACACGUAAAGCAAUCUGAUGUCAUUUGAGGAUGCAGAUAAUCAGUAAGAGACGAAGGACAGAUUCUCCAGAGCAACGAAGCGAAAGAGGAUGAGAACGAAUAAAAUACAUGGGAAAUCUUUAUAACAAUGCUCUUCGACUGUACUUGAUUUCCCGCAUUGUGAUUUUAUGCACAAAGUAAUAUCUCGUGUUCCGUUCAUUACGAGAUCAUUUCAGUUUGCGUACCGGCAUCGUAAGGAUGACGUAUCUCGAUCGUUUUCAUCUUGCGAUUUUCUCGCUUCGAAAUGUCUGAUCAACGUGAUUGAUAUCUGACCGGUAUCGAGGACCCUUCAUUUCCGUAAAGAUUGGAAUGUUGCACUUGCGACAUUCCGAGGGGGCACCUUCAAUUUCCCUUGGCCGGCGUUUACGUAACGUGCGGCACGGCAGAGUUG